UGGCGGCAGGGGUUCGUUCCCCCGCACCGCACCACCGCCACGCCGCCCCUUCCCGAGAAAGCAAGCAGACCAGCGCGGCGACGGAAGAGUCAGCCGCCGAGAGCUCGCCGCCCGCCCACCUGACGAGAGAGGAGCAGAGGAGCGGUAACCUUCCCCCACCUACCGCGGAGGCGAGAAGCGGAGGAGGGGUCAGACGGGCGCCAUGUCCUCCUCCUCGUCGUCGUCGUCGAUGGGGGGCUCGCUGGCGCUCGCGGCCGCCACGGCCGUCGCGUUCUCGGGCUCCCUCGCCAUCUUCUCGCUCUGCCGCGCGCACCUCACCCACGCCGCCGACGCCGGGCCCGCCCUGGACGAGCCCCUCCGCCCCUGCCUCUCCUCCUCAGAGAAGCGCCGGCGCGGGGGCAGGGCGAGGCGCGGCAAGGCGGAGAAGCGGGUGCGGUUCGCCGCCGACGUCGUCGACAAUGAGGGCGCCCCGCGCCCGACCCGGACCUCCCCCCCGGCCGCCGCCGCGUCGUCGGCGGCCGGCACCUGCAGGGGCGCUGCGGGGCCGGACGAGCGGAUGGUGAUGCCGGCCAACCGGGAGGCGCUCUACCGUGGCAUGCUCCGCGACCGCUCCGCCCACCGGGUCACCUGCUCCUACUGACCUCGGGGCCGUCGCCGGCCGGCCCACCCGCCGGAGGGCGGAAUUAGCUUCUCCUUUCGUGCGGCGGCGUUUAGUCUUCGGUAGGCAGGCUGUUGACUUCCGGUUUCGUCCGUCCUCCUUCUAGACGGACGCCUGUGAAUAGAUUUUUUUUCUAGUGCUUUUCUUUCCUCUGUUUUUACGCGUGGUAGAUUAAUUUUUAGUCCUCUGUAAUUUCGCGUGCGUUCGGGCGAGGAAGAAGCUCUGCUCUGUAAAUAUGCUGCGAUUUUUUUCAUCGGAAUUCAGAAGAGGGGAAGGCGAAAAUCGGAGUCACCGCUUUCCAGCA